GGGAGAGAGAAAGAGAGAGAGAGAAAAAGAGAGAGAGAAAGAAGAGGAGAGAAGAGAGGAGGAGAGAAGAGGAGAGAAGAGAGGAGGAGAGAAGAGGAGAGAAGAGAGGAGGAGAGAAGAGGAGAGGGGGUGAGGAGGAGAGACAGCGCCGGAUCCAGAGAGGAGAGACAGGGAAGAAGCCAAUGCUGCACACUCCAUAGGUGGCACCGGGGAAGGCUCCAUCCACCCUCAGCACAAGGGAAAUCACUCCCAACCCGCCCGCCGGAGAGCGAAGGAUCUGCGGAUAACAACAAACAUGUCUGCAAAGGAGAGGCAAAGGAUGCGGGUCACCAAAGACAGCGUCACCCUGCUGCCAUGCUUCUAUUUUGUGGAGCUGCCCAUCUUGGCCUCUUCGGUGGUGAGCCUCUACUUUCUGGAGUUGACCGAUGUCUUCAAGCCAGUCCAUUCGGGGUUCAGCUGCUAUGACAGAAGCCUCAGUAUGCCCUAUAUAGAGCCCACCCAGGAGUCCAUCCCCUUCCUCAUGUUACUUUGUUUGGCGUUCGCAGGACCUGCAGCCACAAUCAUGGUGGGUGAAGGCGUCCUGUACUGUUGUCUGUCCAAGAGGAAAAAUGGGAUCAGAGCAGAAGCGAAUAUCAACGCGGGCGGAUGUAACUUCAAUUCCUUCCUAAGGAGGGCGGUCAGGUUCAUAGGCGUCCAUGUUUUCGGCCUCUGCUCCACGGCCCUCAUCACCGACAUCAUCCAACUCUCCACUGGUUACCAGACCCCGUAUUUCUUGACCGUCUGCAAACCCAACUACACCUCCCUAAAUAUAUCCUGUAAAGAAAAUCCAUAUGUGCUAGAAGACAUCUGCUCCGGGCAGGACUUCGCCAUCAUAAAUGCCGGAAGGAAAUCGUUCCCUUCGCAACAUGCCACCCUGGCGGCGUUCGCAGCUGUUUACAUUUCCAUGUAUUUCAAUGCUACGCUGACUGAUUCAUCGAAGCUGCUGAAGCCAUUGCUCGUAUUCUCUUUCAUUAUAUGUGGGAUUAUAUGUGGCCUGACUCGUAUCACUCAGUACAAGAAUCACCCCAUAGAUGUUUACAGCGGCUUCCUCCUGGGUGGAGGAAUAGCCAUCUAUUUGGGACUUUACGCUGUCGGGAACUUUCAGCCCAGUGAAGACAAUAUUCCCCAGAAGCCUCCUCCUCCUCCUCCACUGAGGGAACCGCUGCGAUCAUUGACAGAGCUGACACAAGACGCAAGCCGGAUAUUACCGGGCAAGAACGGCAGCAGCUGUGACGGCAUUUCUUCACAUCCUUCGGAGAUCAUCUUAAACAGAAAUAACCGUGAAACGGGCUCCUUGACAAACAUCAAAAGAGCAAGUACAGAUGUAGAAGUUAUAACACCUCGAAGUCCCAUGGGCAAGGAGAACAUGGUCACUUUUAGCAAUACUUUGCCCAGAGUCCAUACCCCAUCAUUAGAAGACCCUGCAAGGAGAAACGCAACCAUUCAUGCCUCGAUGGACUCUGCCCGAUCUAAACAACUAUUAUCUCAAUGGAAGACCAAAAACGAAAGUCGGAAGCUAUCUUUGCAGGUCAUCGAAACAGAAUCUGGACUUUCACCACAAAGAAUCAUAGAAAUGAGAUCAAGCUCUGAGCCGGUGAGGGUUGGUGUCAAUGGAGACCACAUGGGACCAGGGAAUCCAUACCUUAAAUUACAACCCGGUAGUGUGCCGGGCUGCAAUAAUACCGGCAUCCCUGGGGGACCUAGAGUCUCAAUACAAUCCCGCCCUGGUUCUUCUCAACUGGUACAUAUUCCUGAAGAAACUCAUGAAAAUAUCAUUAGUACAUCGCCUAAAUGUAGUUCUGCCAGAUCAAAGUGGCUAAAGGUGGCGGAGAAAAGCGUUGCUUGCCGUAGCAAUAGUCAGCCGAGGAUUAUGCAAGUCAUAGCCAUGUCCAAACAGCAAGGGAUGCUUCAAGGUAGCCCAAAAAGUUCUGAGGGGAGUACGGUCAGCUGUACUGGAUCCAUCAGGUACAAAGCUCUGACAGAACACGAGCCGACGAAUAUUGUCCGGAUCGAAGCCCAUCCUGAAAACAAUAGACCCAUUAUACAGAUGCCUUUAGAGGGUGAAGGGAGCGGAUCUUGGAAAUGGAAAGCUCCCGAGAUAGGAACGUUACGUCAAGCCUAUGAACUGAAUGACCUCAACAGAGACUCUGAAAGUUGUGAGUCAUUAAAAGACACUUUUGGCACGGCUGAGAGAAAGAGGAGCAACAUCGACAACGAUCACCUCCUUCACGGAAUUACCACAAUACGAGUGACGCCAGUAGAAGGUAGCGAAAUCGGCUCAGAGACUGUAUCUAUAUCAUCAAGUCGUGACUCGACUCUAAGAAGAAAAGGCAACAUCAUCCUAAUCCCUGAGAGAAGUAACAGUCCAGAAAGCACUCGCAACAUCUUCUACAAGGGAACGUCACCAACGCGCACAUACAAAGAAUGAGAAAAAACUAGCAACGUUCCCAAUGAUAUUUUUUUUCUAGAGUGUAUUCUACUUUGACAAAGCUUGUGCUCUUAUUAGUUUUGGAGAUAAAGCAGAACAUGACCUUACACGUGCCAAAAUUACAAACGGUCAGGUGGUUUGUGGCUAAAGAAUGCCGAUGCGGACAACAUAAAAGACUCGAACGGGAAAGGGACAGCAGAAAAAGCACAAUGCAAAUAUAAAUGAAACCAAUGUGAAGGAAUAAAAAAAGCAUCAUACAAUCAGUUUGUUGUAAUAAUAAUAUUAAUAAAAAUUACUAUAAAGCAAAUAGAUAUUAAUAGAAAAAGAAGAAGAGAACGAAGAAACUUUAUUUCAUGAAUGUGCCAAUUCUGACAUUUUCUGGCCCUUAAACCUCAGAAAUUGUUUCAGUUGCAUAAAAAAAAUAGCAACAUUUUCUUUAUUGUAAAAUAUUUAGUUUUGCAGAUUAUGAACUAACAGGAGGAAGUCUCGAUGACAUAUCUGCACAAGAAUAUUGUUAUUAGGUUGUUUAUUUUACCGGUUCUUUCUGCUAGGACAGUAGUGAUCGCCUAUGUACAGAAUUCGACGUUCUGCUCCGUUAUUAUGGAAUAAUGGCACUUGACUUAUCAGGAUUUUGUGCAGAUCUGUCCUCGCGUUUUACUUUGACGAAGCGUGGGCGUAAAUCACUUACAACUCUCUAAUUGUUUUAUUUCGUCAGCUCGUUCUUCUGUAACCUGCUUAUUAUUACUAGGAGUGCACAUCGUACUUAAGAAAAGGUGCUCAGCGGUGGAGACGUUCUCAACGUCUUUCCACUCUUUACAUGAUUGUUCCUCAUAAUCUCAUCAAAACAGGGUUAAAGAAGAAAGUAUGUAAAAAAAAUAAAAUAAACAAAAAUAUAAAUAAAUAAUAAACGUUAAGACUUUUGGAGACAUCAAUAUGACAUAGAGAACACUGCCAGACCAAAAUGAUAGAAGAGGAAGAAGUUAUAUUUUCUAAAGUAUAAAUAUAAAGUUAUAAAGAUUUUAGCGAUAUUGAAAACAGUUGCACAUGUUUACAAAGUUGUGGAGGAUAAAUACAAAUAUAUAUAUAACAGAAAAGGAUAGUGGUAUGUACUGUGGGAAAUAUGUGUGGACUUAAAGGGGAACUCCAGAGGAAA